AUCCAACCAAGCAUCCAACAUGAAGUUCGCAUUUGCCUUCGUCCUGAUCGCUCUGUUCGCGGUGUUCGCCAUCUCCGAGGCACUGCCCCAGCCUGAGGAGGCCGCCAGCAAUGAUGGAGCCAGCGCCAACACGAGGAUCGUGUUGGAGCUUACCCCGGAGGAGGCCGCAGCAGUUCAGGCAAUGGGAGGCCGAGGAUUUUGGGGAGACUUGUGGAACGGUAUCAAGAAGGCCAUCACCAUCGGUUGUGAUCUGAUUGACUGUAAAAAUCAACAGCAACAACAACAACCACCACAACAGCAACAGCAACAAUAAGAAAUAAUAAAUGCUAAGAUUAACAAACCAAAGCAA